CCACAAACUAUAACAAGUCUGACAUUUGGAGAUAAAUUCAAUCAACCUAUUAGGCUUGGACAACUACCUUCAUCACUCACUCAUCUUGAACUUGGGUAUCGUUUCAACUCAACAAUCGAACAAGGGUCACUCCCUGCUGUCCUCAGAUCAUUGUCAUUUGGCAUGGAAUUUAAAGGCCCAUUAACACCUGGAUCACUCCCUCCAUCACUUCAAAGUCUCGACGUUGAACAAUCUAGAAACAUAAGAGAUACGAUUGUGGCUGGUUCACUGCCACCUUCAAUCAAAAAGUUGAUAAUACUCAUUAACAUGAAGUUGGGGAUAGAUCCUGGAUCGCUGCCACAAUCACUUCAAACAUUGAUCAUAAAUGGGACAACUAACUUGGUGUUGGGAGAAGGUAUACUUCCACCAUCUCUCACCGAGUUGUCAUUUCCAAGGAUUGGCCAUCUCACUAUUAUUGGUGCCAACUCAGUACCAUCAAAUCUUCGUUGGAUUACAAUCCAAAACAUUCAUCAUAUCAAGUACUUUGAACACCUUACACAGAUUGAACAAGUGGAGUUUAGUGAGCCAUGUCUCAUCUCUGGCCGACAUUUAUAUCCAAACGUAUUAUAUACAACAACAAUAAGAUGUAAUAUACUCAAGAUAACAGUUGAAAGAGUGAACAUAAGUACUGUCAAAUCCAAGUCACGCUUUGCCAAUCAAGAGGAGAUCUACCAUGUGGUCUCAAAAGUGAUUCUAGCCGCACCUAAUGUUGGAACAUAUAUGGUCGAUCAUUGUAAUGCUUUUCCAAACUUCACUUACUACUUCCGAGUGAUUGACGAUCACAAUGUAAUGAUUGUUCGUCCUAACUUCACAUUCAAAUUCAUCACUUUGUUGGAACUUCAUAAUAAUAAAGUGAUC